UGAGAGUCAGAGACCAGCCGGGAGAGAGACCCAGAGGCAGCAGCAGCAGAUCCACCGGCACAACCGACAACUUGCAGUACCAGCAGCAGCAGGAGCAGUAUCAGUUAGCAGCAGCAACAGAAGCAGCAGCAGAACUAGAAGCAGCUUCAGUAGCAGCGGCACUAGUAGCAGCACUAGCAGCAGCAAUAGAAGCAGCAGCAGCAAUAGAAGCAACAGCAGCACGAGCAGCAGCAAUAGAAGCAGCAGCAAUAGAAGCAGCAAUAGAAGCAGAAGCACUAGCAGCAGCAGCGCUAGAAGCAGCAGCACUCGCAUCACCAGCAGCAGCAGCAGCGGCAGACAUGAAGCACGUGAGCGAGCUUGGCGCGCAGUACGAGCGCGACGGCUACGUGACGGCGCUGUCCGUGCUGAGCGACGCGGAGCUGCGCGCUCUCCAGGCCGGCUACGACGCCUGCGUGGCCGAGAUCGGCAUGGAGGCAGCGCAAUACUCUCUCCACAACGUCCACCUGCAGCAAGCCUGGGUGAUGGAGGCCGCGGCUAAUCCCCGCGUGGUGAGCGUCAUGCGUGACCUGCUGGGGCCAGACGUCGUGCUGCUCGACUCACGAUUCAUCUGCAAGUUCCCCGUGGCCCAGGUGGCGGGCGAGGGAAAGCCGGCUCCCUACGUGGCCUGGCACCAGGAUAUCAGGUACUGGGGUCUGGACGGAGGCCCCGUGGCGUCCAUGUGGCUGGCUCUGGACGACGUCGACGCCGAGAACGGAGUCCUCACCGUCAUCCCCGGGAGCCACACGCAGGGGGUGCUGGAGCACCGCGUGGCGCAGGCUCCGGGCAACCUGCUCACCGCCAACCAGGAGAUCCCCGAGCACCUCGUGGAGACGGCGCUCGCGGUGCAGUGUCCACUCCGCGCGGGGCAGAUGUCGGUGCACGAUGGGCUGACGGUCCACGCCAGCGACCCCAACUUCUCCCAGCGCCGCCGCUGCGGCCUCGUGGUCCGCUACGUGCCCACGUGCGCGCACCCUUCCGACGACCCGGAUCGUCCCCGCAAGUUCCCCGCCACCGUUCUCAUCUCCGGACAGGACAAGUUCGGUCACUUUGAGGAUCACGCGCCGGUAUUUUUCAACAAAGUGUUCUAGAGUCUCGAUUCGGGAAUCCGGAUUUUUGAGAUCGGAUUCUGGGGUCCGUGUUCUAAAGCAUUCCGGAUUCUGGAAUCUGGAUCCUGGAGUCCAGAUUCUAUAAUCCGGAUCCUGGAGUAAAGAUUCCAUAAUCCGGAUCCUGGAGUCCGAAUUAUACAAUCCCUAUCCUGGAGUCCGGAUUCUAGAGUUGGGACCCUGGCACCCAGGACGUCUCAUCGUCACCUCUUUUCAGCUCUUAACCUCAUCUCAUCAUUGUCAUAAUCCCAUGGUUAUCGUAAUGCAAUUGCUUGACAAUAAGCCCGUAUAACUUAAUGCGUGUUAAUGGCUGGUUACAUUAAUCACACUUUGUGUAAAUCCCUUGACGUAAUUAGUAAGUUAUCAUUUACAAAUAUGUAGCGUGUAUUGACGGCGACGGAACACAACCCUAGCGCGUGUAGCACGGACGUAGGCAAGCUACACGCACGAAUAUUGUUAACCAUUAGACAACCUUAACUGCCGCUGGUUAAUAUUUGGCCACGAAGAAGUGACCUUAGGGGAUUGGUGUUAGGAGUGGCUGGGCGCAGUGCUGGCCACUCACUUCCUCGUGUGCCACUGUGCCUGCCCUCAUAGGUGCUGCUCGCUAGCAGCAUGUUACAUGCUAUAACGACAGGGGGAGAGGGGGGGGGCGUAAAAGUCUUUGGUGCAAUGGUUCGCAGCUCACUACGACUCUGCACGUCGGCCACCUGAGUGCGAUUCCCACCCACGGCUAACAUCAGUGGCAACGUGAUGCCAACCCGUACUGGUCAGCGUGGUGAAGUAUGGUCAAAACAAGCCCACGCUCCACACGGCGUGGAAAGGCCUUCAUCCGGCAGUGGACUAACAAAGGGCUGUACAUUUUAUUGGUGAUUGUUAAGUGUAGAAUACUUUAUAAUUUGGGGGGGGGGGGAGGUAAAAAGAUUUUUAGAGGGUGGGGGUCAACAAUUUAUGGAAACAUUUUAGACCAACUAUUUUGUAAUUUUGUUGACGGAUACAUGGACAGACAAACGGAACGCCGGGCUUUCACAAUAGAUUAGUAUUUGAGGACGUAUAUGUUCUGUUUUCUUUAAGAGAAGACAAGUUUUGAAAUAUAUUUUUCCUCCGGGCAAAGCCGGGUACUUCCUGCUCGUACUUUGUAAUUUGCUGCAAUUUUGCGUAAGCGUAUGAACAGGGUGUGCAAUCGGUGGCAAGAGUUUCUCACCACACCGUGAUAUUUUCCGUGCAAUAGAUGUGUGGGUGAAAUCGGAUUGCGCUGGGUUGCACCCCCAUCGAUCGCGAGCAAUCGCUGCGAUAUAAUGGAUAGCGAUUGAGUGCAAUGAUGCCUACGCAACAGCUCUUUAAUUGGUUUAGUGAACAAACAAUAUCACGAAAUAUCUUCCCAAAAUAGAUGUAUGUAUUUUAACGUCAUAUCUUGAAUCUUAAAACGCCGAAAUGAAGUUGCGACGUUCUUACAUUCAGUUACUGACUCAGCUCUCCGCCGUGUCUUGGGUUAUCUUACACUGCAACUGUCCUAGAGAAGAUAUUCUGUUCACGAUUUUCUUCUAUAGUUGAACCAGGUGAGGCCCAGGCGAGACCAAGAAGACGAUUGUGUUUGACAUUAUCGAUGAACACACCUGGUUGUAGAUGAUUUUGGGCGUAUGUGAAUUGUUGGGUAGUGGAAAUAAUGGUAAUGUAUAAUGAUUUUUUGAAAAUAAAACAAAACUGUGUUGA